ACUUUGUAAAGUCUUGGCAAAGGGCAGAAUUUGAACUUAGUGGCUCAGAUGAAUGGAGUUCUGGAAUGAUCAAGUGUUUGUCUUUUACUCAUGCAUGAACAAUUAAGGUACAAUGAAGUCCCUUACAAACCAGUCGCAUUUUAUUAUUGGAUUGUUUUUGGCCUUGUCUGUUAUCACCCUGAGCUGCAGCGGAGGUAAAGUUUUAGUGUAUCCUGUCGAUGGAAGCCACUGGGUCAAUAUGAAAGUCCUGAUAGAAGAGAUGCACUCCAGGGGCCACAACAUCACCAUUAUCCGUCCCAAAUCCAGCUGGUACAUCACGGAAAAGUCCCCUCUCUACACUUCCAUCACAAUCCCAGAUGAAACAAAUGAAUUUGAGAACUUUUUUGAAGAGUAUUUAUGGAAAGUGAUGCAAAUAGAGAGAGGCGAUGGUUCUGGACUGUCAUUCUUGCAGCUUCAGGUCGAUUUGUUCAUGAUGCUGUCAAAAGCACAUUAUAUUUCUUGUAAAAUGGUGUCGGCCAUUUUAGAAGACAAGACACUUGUGAAAAGACUUCAGAAUGAACGUUACGACCUGGUGCUCACCGAUCCUGCCAUUGCAGGUGGGGUGUUUUUAGCUCAUUAUCUAAAACUCCCUCUUGUUCUAAAUGUACGAUGGAUCACCAGUGGUGAAGGACAUUUUGUUAUAGCACCGUCUCCAAUGUCUUAUGUACCUUUACCAGGCACUGGUCAUACAGAUAAAAUGAGUUUCACUCAAAGGGUUAAAAAUGUUUUAUUUCAAGGCUUUAUUUUCUUCCAGGACAGAUUUGUGGUGGGUCCACAUUAUGAUGCACUAAUAGAGAAGUAUUUGGAUUACAAAACAGACAUUGUUAGCCUCAUUCAAGCCGCUGAUAUCUGGCUCAUGAGGGCUGAUUUUGUAUUCGAGUUUCCGAGACCAACAAUGCCAAAUGUUGUUUACAUGGGUGGAUUUCAGUGCAAACCUUCCAAGCCUCUUCCUGCAGAUCUGGAAGCAUUUGUGCAGAGCUCAGGAGAGCACGGUUUUAUUAUUAUGUCUUUGGGAACACUUGUUAAAAGUCUCCCCGCCGACAUGGCGAACGAUAUCGCGGCCGCUUUUGCUAGUUUACCUCAGAAAGUCAUCUGGAGACACCUUGGAGAUCGCCCAUCCACUGUGGGAAACAACACUCUAAUCGUGGACUGGAUACCACAGAAUGACCUCCUGGGACAUUCCAAGAUCAAAGCCUUCGUAGCCCACGGAGGAACCAAUGGAGUGCAGGAGGCCAUAUACCAUGGGGUACCAAUCUUGGGCAUCCCUUUGUUCUUUGACCAGUUUGACAACUUAUUACGUGUUCAGGAGAGAGGAGCGGGUAAGAUACUUAAGUUGUCAGAGUUCAGUGGCCAUACUUUUGGACAAGCCCUACGGGAAUUGCUUGGUGAAGCCUCCUACAGGAGGAACAUGCAGAGACUCUCAAGUCUACACAGGGACCAGUUGAUGAGGCCUUUGGACUCAGCUAUCUUCUGGAUCGAGUAUGUGAUCAGAAAUAAAGGUGCGACUCACCUGCGCUCCGAGUUCUACAAGAUGCCAUGGUACUCGUACCAUUCUGUGGAUGUGGUUUUGGUUCUUUUGGCUAUCGUUGCUGUGUUUGUGCUUUCUAUAGUUGCAGUAAUCAGAUAUGUGUGUUAUAAAACAUGCUGUAAACGAAAAAUGAAAAAUGAAUGAUGCUAGAUGAUUUUUAAAUGAGAUUAGAUUAGAUUUGCAAAAAAUAAAUCAUUAACUCAUUAAUCAUUAAAAUGAAAUCAUUAAAGGAUUUACUGAUACCAUU